AUGGCCGUGCAAGUGGUCCUGUAUCAUUGCCAAUACCCUGGGUUCCCAAUGCCUCCUUACUUGCAGCCGAACUUGCCCCCACUUUCUCCAGAAAACACUCCUCUCACACGUAUGCUAGCUCACGCACAGAGCGAGAACUUCCUAGGAAACGUCCAACCCGCCUUGCUAUCAUAUCGCAGCUUUGCCAGCGCUAACGGCCAGAGCUUGCGUGGCUCUUGGGUCUCCGUGAAUCAACUCGCGGCUCCUUACACUACGUGGAGGGAGCAAGGUGAUGUGAUUGAGAUCGUUGACAAGGAAUAUGGUAUAUUUGAGCGACUCCAACGCGCCUAUAUCAGGGUUCAGCACCCAAUGUUCCGUGAGAAUCGCGCACCCGGCCCCCAUGCUUCAACGUCAGCGACGCUUUACAAAGUGGCUGACGAAGGGGUAGGUGUAGAAACGGAGCACAGUGCUAUAGUCUCAACUCAGGAAGCCACGGCACCAUCGAUCUAUGCCGACCACCCCGAGUGGGAUCCUGAAUCUCACUUUCGUCGGGCCAUACCCUCCACUGCCGUACAGAGGGAGUUCCAAUACUGGAUGGACAUCAAUGCAUGA